CCGCCAUCGACCUUCUGAACAAUUCGAUACUCUGAGUGAUCACAAACGUAAAGUUUCUACGAAAGGACGAACUCUGAUCUUGAUAGCUCUCUCCAACUUCAUCGCCUUCGACACCCUCCAACUACCCUAUCUACACACUUCGACCUUCGAUACUCUAUCAGUCCCCGAACCAUGGCUUCACCAGCAUCCAGCGCAGGCGAUGAGCCCAAGAACAAGAUGGAGCAAAUCACAUUCCGAUUCUGCAGUGAAUGUUCCAACAUGUUGUACCCCAAGGAAGAUCCCGAUACCCAUCGUCUACAAUUCGCAUGCCGAACAUGCCAAUAUUCCGAAGAAGCAACCUCCUCGUGUGUCUUCCGCAACGUCCUCAACAACGCAGUCGGCGAGACAGCAGGUGUGACACAAGAUGUUGGAUCGGAUCCAACUCUUCCCAGGUCGAACAAGACUUGCCCGAAGUGCAAGACCGAGGAUGCAGUCUUCUUCCAGUCUCAGCAGAGAAGUGCUGAGACCGGUAUGAAACUCUUCUACGUGUGCUGUGGUUGUGGUCAUAUUUUCCAAUGAUACCCUUGGAUUUGGAAUUUCAGCGGCGUUUCUUUCAUGGCGUUCGGGCAUUGCAUAGAGAAAAGGUUACGGCAUGGUUGGGUUCGGAGAAAGGAUAAGAUGCGUGGGGAAGAUUUGAUAUUUCCAAAGACCAAAUUCUGAACGCCUUCCUGCUAUGCUACAUGCGCCGUGACUUCCAUACAGUGAUAUUACAGAUGCAUUGGUGCCAAAGAUAAAAUCUUUGACCACUUCAUCUUCCUCAGCUCUGUGCCAACAACACCGUUCAGUCUGGUCCCUAUUGGCUCCCCCGCCUUGUUGAUCAGGACACAGGCAUUAUCGUCGAACUUCACCACACUUCCAUCC